CCCCCCCCUCCUCCACCCCCCUAACUCUACCACCCCCACCCUCUUCCUAUCCUUCGACCACGUACCCUUCCACGUUUUGUAGUGGUCAUGCCUCUCACACUUCAUAUCCAUGCCCUUGUGGCUGCCCUUGCUGACGGCCGUGUGGAGGAGGUCAUCGAAGAGUGCACAGCAGCCGAGCUGGCGAACCCGUUCUCUCCGCUGGGUGAUGUGGCCCUCGUGCUCAUGGCGGCACAUGUUGUCAAGGGUGACCUCACGGGUGCUCGCUAUGUGGUCAAGCGAUGUGUGGCUAACGAUGGUGAUGAUGAUGCGAGGACUGGCGCUGGUGCAGGAGAGAAUCAGGUGCCUGUCGAUCCUAGGCUGAAGGCUCUGGCCGACGUCUCGGCUGCCUUGCACUCGGAGAGCUUUGCUGAUGCGCAUGCUGCCCUGGCUGGCUUGACUUGGGACGGCGAUGUGGAAGCUUUGCCGGCAGUUGUCAUCCAGGCCCUGCGGUCGGCGGCAAAGUCGGCUAUGGUUGCUGCCUUUGAGGUGGUGGCCGUGGCAAGGGCUGCCGCCAUGCUUGGCUUGGACAACGAUGCAGCAAUGACAGAGCUUGUUGCAUCAGGCUGGACGCUCUCGGACAAUGGAGCCUUCCUCACUCCGCCGGAAGCGACCAAGGACUCGACCCUUGCUCCGUCCCAGUCCAAGCAGAUUGCUCAGCUUACUCAGGCUGUGCUCGACCUGGAAACGCUGUAGGAGACUGAUGGCUUUUACGCGUCGCGAAGCUCCAGCAGCGACAGGAGAAUUGACCGCGAGCAGGUAAAAGCCACGCCGCUAGCGGCAAUAAACGCCAUACCAGCGCGGACGACAA